AUGAAACAACUUUUUUCCACAAGCAAAUGGUUUUGGGUCCUCUUCAUAUUUGUUGUAGUUACAGCAAAUGCAGAAGACCUUACAAGCUCACUAUGCAACACAUGCACUCCCAUAUGUUCAACACCGCCAUCUCCUACAACGUCCAAACCUCCGCCGCCAUCUUUCCCAUCCAAACCAUCACCAAUAUCUCCUCCACGUGUUCCUCCUUCCAAGUCACCGCCAACAUUAACUCCUAUCCACAAUGUUCCACCUCCACCAAGAUUUUAUUACUUUGAUUCGCCGUUUGCUAUAUCUCCACCUAUGGCAAAGUCAUUUCCACCACCAUCUUAUGUCUCAUCGGGUGGCAAUAACAACGAUGAUGCUCCACCAUCUCCAAGAUUCAUGUACUUCCCUUCCACACCUGCGGCUGGUAAUAAUAUUGGACAAAAUAAUUAUCCAUAUCCGUAUUACAUGUAUGAUUCAAAGGCUGCUGCUUCCUUGUCUGUACGAUUUUUGUGGGUUGUAACGUUGUUGUUAUGUUUACAUGUCACACUUAUUGUUUGA